AUGUCGGACGAUGCAGAUAAGAUCAAGCUUGAACUACCUUCGAAACUACAGGCAUUCAGUUUUACCUUUGAAACCAAGCGGCCAGGGCCUAUGUCGAAAUCACGCUCAGAUGGCCCACCAAGCGGCCCAGAUUACUACAAGUUCCUGAACAUUCAUGCGCUGGCAAGAGGCCCAGAAAUUAAAAAGUCUGCAGCUGGAAUUGUGGCAAGGAUCGAUACAGAAGAGACCUUUGAUAGUAGCGACACGGAGAAAGAGACUCCGGCAGAGUUCACCCACUGGUACAAGGCCAAGAAGGCUUUGAACGACCUAGCUCAAACUUCUCUCGUCGAUGAUACCAUAGCAUGA